UAAGCGAGAUGCCUUCCAUGCAAAGGAAAGCAAUUACGGAAAGAGCAUUGUAUUUCUGGAAGUCAACUCUGCCUUGGUCCACGAGGUUGAAGGGAGUGCUGUGCAGCCCUCUAAGGUUUAUGUGGAUAGCCCUCAUGCUGUUGACAGUCCUCUGUGUGUCCGUUCAAAUACUGGGUGUGAUUCGACAGUCAAGAAAUGACAAAGUUCUGAAGGAAUUUGCCAAUGAGAAGCUCUUCAGCAUGAGGUUUACAAUUGCGUUCCAGAAUACACUUACAACAACGCAACGGGCCUCGGAGCGACGGCAGUCUAACCACGUACCUCUCAUUCAGUACAUCCAACACUUAAACCAGGGAACGACUCUGAGAAGGGAAAGACAUAACCAGCAAUCAGCUGAGAGAACUAGAAACAUACCUCACCUUGAAGUCCAGCCCCAGAGAGGUAGGGCUCUGUCUGUGCGAGUCCCUAACGAUGCUCCUCCGCCCAGAGGACAUAUCGGCAAGGCCACUAAAGUCACACCUUCACUGAAAGGAACCCGGGGUAAAUUGGUACCUGCUGCGGCUGAGACUGUACCUGAGGUGGGAAAUUAUCACCCUCUCGGUAUGCAGAAGAAUACCUCCAAGUCCAUUUGGCCUGCAGCCUCUGUUACCUCUGGUGUUCUGCGCCCUCAAGUGGGGCUGGCGGUAGUCAUGUCACAUGAAGGACGUGGGAACCUGUUAGCACCCAAGGGGAGGGCCAGCGGCCCUCAGUCGAUCCAGCUGGAACCUCAGCGCUCCGCUGACCCACUGCCUAAUGCACAGAGACAACCUGGGCCGAAAAGCAAGGCGCUUCUGGGCAGGAAGUCCCCCUCUCUGGCAUUGACCACGUUGCAUCUCCCCUCCACAGCAGACACCGGCUUCGCCGUGGUCAAGCCCGCAGCCAUCGUCGCUGUGGAUCGCGGGGCCACCACCUGCCGGCCAAAGACUCAUAUCGUCUUCCUUAAAACCCACAAGACAGCCAGCAGCACCAUACUGAACAUCCUGUACCGGUACGGAGACAGCAGGAACCUGACGUUUGCGCUGCCCUUGAACAAGCACAGCCAGCUGUUCUACCCACUGUACUUCGCCGCGCAUUUUGUGGAGGGCUUCAGAUCAAAGGCCGUGAAGGAGUACGACAUCAUGUGUAACCACAUGAGGUUCAUGCCAUCGGAGGUCAAAAAGGUUAUGCCAGAGGACACCUUCUACUUCUCAAUUCUGAGGAAUCCAAUUCCCAUGAUGGAGUCCAUUUUCACUUAUUACAAGAGUAUCCCUGCCUUCCACAAAGCCAGGACCUUAGAUGACUUCCUCAACAAUGCCUGGCAGACCUACAACAAAUCGCAGUCUAAUAAUCACUAUGGCAAGAAUCUCCUGACCUUUGACUUUGGCUUCAACAACACUGCUGUCGAUAUUGAGAGACAGACCAGCCUGUCCGUCUCCAUGAUAGAGCAGAACUUUCACCUCAUCCUCAUAUCUGAGUACUUUGAUGAGUCCAUGAUCCUGCUGAAGAACGCCCUCUGCUGGUCACUGGAUGACGUGGUCUCAUUCAAGCUGAACAGCAGGAGCAACCGUACCAGGCAUGAGCUGUCCCCUGAGACGAUGGAGAAGAUUAAAGAGUGGAACUCCCUGGACUGGAGGAUCUACCUCCACUUCAAUGCCACCUUCUGGAGGAAGGUGGAGGAGAUGGUGGGUUUGGAGAACAUGAGGCAGGAGGUGGCACGGCUGCAGGACAGGCAGAAGCAGCUGAUGAAGACCUGCAUCAGAGAGGGCGGGGCUGUGGAUCCCUCCCAGGUGAAAGACUCGGCCUUGAAGCCGUUUCAGUAUGGCGCUGCGGUCAUACAGGGCUACAACCUCAACCCCGGGCUGGACAAUGCCACCAAAAAGCACUGCCAGGAUCUGAUCACACCCGAGCUGCAAUACACGGCAGCACUCUAUACCAAGCAGUUCCCCGAGCUGGCAGCCAAACUGGGCUCCUCCAAGAAACAGCCUGUCCCAAAAAAAAUAAUAGCCAGGAGCACCACGGAGAGGCAGAGGCGGAGCCUGCUGGGCGGUCCCAGGAAACAGGCUCGCAGUGCCUACCAGAAUGCACUCUCCAACGGGACUGCUGCCAACAGGCUGCAAAAUGUGCCUUGAAUCACAGCUCUCAGCCACAGGAGGCUAGCUACUAGAAAGAUGUGUCUGGCUCUGCUGGUUCCAGUCAGGCUAAUAGCCUGUGAAUCAUACCAGGGUAGAUCAGAGUGCCCUGGGUGGCACAAAUGUAGAUUGAACAUCCUGAUGAUUUUCUUUUUUCUGUCUGAUUGACAGACACAUACUUUAACAUUUGGAUGUGGACACAACUACGGCAAGAGGUGUCCAGUUUGAGUUUGGAUCGGGGGAGUGGCACAAAUGUAGAUCGAACAUCCUGAAGAUGUAAUGAUUUUCUUCAGUUUUUUCUGUCUGAUUGACAGACACACUCUUUAACACUUGGUUGUGGGCACAACUGGGGAAAGAGAUGCUCAGUUUGAGCUGGGAUUGGGUGAGUGGGGUUCUCAAAUUUGGUGUUUGCAAGGCCAGGGAGUCCUCAUGUCUAGGUGAGGUGCAGUGAAAGGAGACCAGAAAGGAGAAGGAGCAGAGAAUCCAUCAAUGAAAACAACGGAAGGUGACGCAAAAUGUGCUGUGUGUGGAGUGAGGAAAAUUCGGGUUUGGGUUUGGGGUUAGAAUCUUCCAAGGUCAUGAGGGUCGCUACAGAGAUAUGGGAUCAAAAGACAGCAAAUAAUGUAAAGUCGUGAGGAAAGUACCAGGCCCACUCU